AUGCCAUCUGAAAUCCUUGGGAAAGCUUAUUUUUCUAGCUGGACAGUAAACUUGGCAACACAGUUGAAAUUUACCGAGGCCGGAUACAUGUACGUCCAAAACGCAAUAUUAACCAAUUGGUUCAACGUUUUCAAGAAAAAUCCUGGCUCAAAUGAAACUUUCUACCACAUGGCUAGGAUUGAUCACGAUGGAGUCUUCAGAUUAUACAAACACCUCAGAAAGGAGGACACCACAAGUGGUGGAAGUAGUCCUGCAUCAUGGAAUGAAGUAAAUGGCAUUCCUGAUAAUAUUUGUGAUGCAUUUGUUAAUUAUGCUAAUGGUGGUGGGUUCUGCGGACCCAACAGCAUUUGUACUAAAGAAAGUGGUUAUAGUCAUGCAUCUUGCUCUUGUCCUGUUGGAUUUUCUGCCUUGGACCAAUCGGACUAUUGGACAGGCUGCAAACCAAAUUUCACACUAUCUAACUGCCACACUGGACGGGAAGCAAAUAAAGAGUUUGAAAUUGUAAAGCUAACAAACACAGACUGGCCGGUCUCAAAUAACAACUUUCUUAAAGGAUCUGCAGUCGAUGAGGCAACGUGCAGACAGCUAUGCCUCAAUGAUUGCUUGUGUGUUGUGGCAGUUUAUGAUGAUAAAGAUAGAUCUUGCUGGAAGACGAAGUAUCCUCUGUCUAAUGGAAGAAAGAACACAAAUAUUACAAGAAUAGCUCUCAUCAAAGUACCUAAAGGUCAUGGUUCAGAUAUGACAGGCAAGUCAGAUAAGAAAGGUGAGCCAAUGGUAGUUAUCUUGGCAGUACUCCUUAGCAGCUCUGCAUUCCUCAAUGUCCUUUUCUUCUUAGCUAGUUUCGUGGCUAGUUUCUACAUGUACCAUAAAAAGGUGAAUAUGCCAUGGAAUAUUGACAGCACACUUGCAACAAACGUGAGAAGCUAUACAUAUAAAGAGCUCGAACAAGCAACCAUGGGCUUCAAGCAAAUAUUGGGUAAAGGUGCUUUUGGAACUGUUUAUAAAGGGGUCCUUGCAUCAGAUUCUAAAAUAUUUGUUGCAGUCAAGAAGUUAGAUAAGGUAGUAGAAGAAGGUGAGAAGGAAUUCAAAACUGAAGUGAAUGUUAUCGGUCAGACUCAUCACAAGAAUUUAGUCCGUUUGCUUGGUUAUUGUGAUGAGGGACAGCACCGGCUUCUGGUUUAUGAGUACAUGAGUAAUGGCUCUCUAGCUAGUUUUCUCUCUGGGAUAUCCAAGCCUCAUUGGAACCAAAGAGUGAAAAUCGCUUUUGGAAUAGCGAAAGGCCUAAUGUAUUUACAUGAAGAGUGCAGCACCCAGAUUAUUCAUUGUGACAUAAAGCCUCAAAACAUACUUCUGGAUGAGUACUUUACCCCAAGGAUUGCUGAUUUUGGAUUAGCAAAGCUUUUGUUGGCAGAGCAAAGUCGAGCAGCUCUUACAGCAAUAAGAGGGACAAUUGGGUACUUUGCACCUGAAUGGUUUACCCAAGCAUCCAUUUCAGUUAAGGUUGAUGUGUACAGUUUUGGUGUGAUGUUACUUGAGAUCAUUUGUUGCAAGUCUUGCAUUGCCUUUGCAAGGGAAGAAGAGGAGGCAUUGAUAGUUUGGGCUUAUGUAUGCUACAAAGAUAAAAGAUUAGAUAAGUUGAUAGAAAACGAUGAGGAGGCAAGGAAUGACAUGAAGAGGCUAGAGAGGCUUGUGAUUGUGGCACUUUGGUGUAUUCAAGGAGAUCCUUCACUGAGACCCUCAAUGAAAAAGGUCACACAAAUGCUUGAAGGAGUAAUUGAAGUUUCUGUACCCCCAAGUCCUCCAUUGUAUACUUCCUCUUCGUCUACAAAAAAUAGUUCAUUUUUUGAUUUUUCAUUGUCCUCAGUUUCUAUGUCCCAUUUAUGA